AUGGGACGGUUGACUAUCAAGGUGCGUGACUGCCGUCUGCUACACUCGCCCGGCCUUCCCACACUGAAUCCACGCAUACGCGUCGUCGUUGACGAUGUGUACAAGUUCCACACCCGAAGUAAAAAGUACACGCGCACCCCGAAGUUUAAUGAAACCUUCACCGUGGGGAACACCCACCGUCUGGCUAUAGUUGAGCUGCAGGCCUACCAUUGCCUUGGGCCAGGAAGCAGUGUUGAGGAUGAGCAUCUUCUUGGAAGUUGCCGCCUUUCCAUUGAAAGGUUGCUACAGGGUCAAAAACAGACAUCUCAGUAUUUCUUAGCUGCAAAGGACGGAACCGGAUUAGCAGGCGCAGUCACCAUUACGCUGAUGACUGACAUCCAAGGCGGUAUGAUCCCUGUUCUAGAUAAGAAUGAGGAGAAGGAUUGCGUACAAAGGCUCCUACGCUUUCUGCUGCGGUGCGAUAAGAGCCUUUUGGGGGAUAUUGAUUUACUAAUGUCAUCUAUAAAGGGCCUGUCGGCGACCGCAAGGCCACGUACGUCAAACACCUUAUUGGGAGUGAAUCCCAGGCAAUCGCUGCUAAGUGAUUCCUAUGCGACGUUUUGGGAAUUGAUGGAAACAUUGUGUGCCAAGUAUCACUGUAAAGAAGAACCAACGUAUACGCUAUCCCUGCUUGUUGAUGGCUGUACAGGGCUUGAUCGACCCACGCUGUAUUUGCCCUCAUAUGCAGUUAUAGCUAUACGCAGUCCACUUCAGGAUUUUGCAACGCCGCAGCGUCUUUUUACCCCAAAUCCAGUUUGGGGUGGCGCGGAUAGUACAACACAGUUUGACGUGGUUGACCCCGAAACCUUUGCGUUAGACAUCAUACUAUAUCAGGUCUCCACAACAUUGGGGUGGGAGGAGGUGGCAUUGGCACAGGUGUCUGUUUCCGCGCUUACUUGCAACUGUGCAUCGGCGCGACAGAUAUUUUUAUUUGAUCGAAAACCAUCCUUUGAGCCGUCCAUCAAGGGCAUGGUGCAUCUUCUAUUGAGGCCGCACAACUUCGGUUUAUCGCCGACGAUGCAAAUGAAAGAGUACAUCGAUCGAUUUCAUGAGCGACUGAAUCGUUUCUUUUACCGCUAUGACCAUAAACGCAUUCCUCAGGUGGAUAUGCUUCUCCGGUCUCGUCUGAAUGGACUGGAUGAAUUGAUGAAUGAACUGGAAAUUGAGUACGGUAGGGAGCCAGGCACCAUGGAACUAUGGAUCUCCGUCUUGGAAGUGAGUUCGUUGCAGCUUGACGCCAUAUCAGAGCUUGGUGAACGAAACGUGAUUGUUGUGGUCUCGAUGGGCGACCAGGUACUGCGCACGGACCCAAAACGUGUGGUUGUAAACUCCCGAACAGUAUUUGGAGAGACCUUUGUUCUUGAUGUGGCGCGGGAGACAGACAUGAUCAAGUUGGAAGUGGUGCAGGCAGGCCACGAAAAUAUUGUGUAUGGUUGCAUUGAUUUCUCUUGUCUAUGGAUGCAGCGUGGGGUUCGUAACAACCGCACACUGUAUUUGGUUGGGAAUGCAGGCACAAAUGACGCCUACCUUAGCGGUUUGAUUGGUGUUUCACUCUACAGUGAGCAAUUAGGCCAGGCGUAUUCUGUGGACACGCAUGCAAUACGCAUGUAUGCUGGACGCCUUCGAAGGUAUCUGCAUCUGAGAGCUCCAGAGAAGCUUCACCUUGUGGACAUUGUCGUUGACACGGUGUUUGACAUUGAAGGUUUCCUUACAGACGUCGCCAAGGAGUACGGCGAGGAGGACGCCUCGUAUGCGGUGUAUUGUUCAAUUUUAGGAUGCCGCCAACUCUCGAACCGCUUGGGGUUUAGCAUGAAAGCAUAUGUCGUGGUGCGUAUGGGGAUUAAAAGGUAUGAAACGCAUGUGGUGAGGAAUAGUACCGAGCCUGACUUUUUUGAGUUUUUUGAGUUUGUCAUUGAUAGACUUUCUGAGAAUCCCAUCACGAUCGUUGUGAUGGAUCAAUACGACCUCAGUGAUGACAGAGAGGUGGGGCGCGUGACGAUUCCCCUCAACACAAUAGAGCUGGAGAAACAGUACCACCAAUGGCUGCCACUGCAGAAGCCAGACAACAGUGGGGUUGCCGGAAUUGUUGGUGUAAAGUAUACAGUGAGGAAUCUUCACCUGCGUGACAAGAGACACAUCGACGGUGUGAAGAAAAAGUCAUUAGAGGAUCGUUCGCACCAUCGCCUACGUUCACAGAACACUUCUAUUUCGUAUGCAGACAGAGCUGGACGUCGUGGUAAUAUUUUUUCCCGCCUUGGCAUUUGGCGCAAUACAUUUGCACGUGUGACGGCAAAUGUUUUCCCACGUUGGAGAACUUCAAACAAUAGUUCCUUUGUAAUCAGCGAUGAUGGCUCGGGGGUGAGCAGCGAUCAGGAAUCCUCCGUUCAGACAAGUAUGAACAUCAUCGACGAUAGUAUUCAUUCUGUUAAUGAAUUUUGUUCCGCAUCAAGGCUGGAGCUCACGCAGACACCUUCUCUGACGCUCUUCUUGACACAAAAACAGGGAGAGAUUUUGACAGAGGCAAGUUCACCGCUGCUAACACGGACGUUCUCGUCAAAUAAUCAGAUGCAGCUGUACGUACGAGUGUUGUACUGUGAGGACCUGGACGACAAACGCCGGAUUCCGCCAAGCCCAUACGUGAUGCUUUCAACACUUGAAAAGACGCACCGUACGAAAACUGCCUUCCUUACGCGGUCCCCAAAGUACAAUGAGAUGCUUGUUUUCCCUAUUACUGAUCCUGCUCGUGAUUACCUCAGUAUCACUGUCAUCACGGAAACUUGCUACGGGAAGAAGUGUUUGGGGCACUGCAUGUUAUCCAUGAAAAAUGUACAAAACAGGACCCCACGCACGCGGCGGGUGCCAUUGGUGGUGAUGCCGCAUCGACCCUCGGCAAUGGAACGUGGCACUAUUUGUCUCACACUUCUUGGGGAAAAUUUUGGUUUGGACCACAUGCCCUCCAUCGAUGCUGAGAAUCGAUUUAGCUGCUUACUACGCAAAAUGCUUGCGAGUCAGGCUCCGCAGCAGCUGCAUCGCGUUCAGUGGUAUAUUGGUGAGUACUCUCUGCGCGAGAAUGAGUUGCUGGAAAAAAUAUUUACCAUGCGCAACACAACGGAUGAGGAAGAGGUGGCGGCCAACGUCAAACUCAAGGUGAAGAGUGUGACACAAUUGUACUUGAAUGACAAACUUGUCGUCUCUGGCGCGUGCUUCGUGAAGGUAAAGGUUGGGCGAAAGACGCUCCACCGUACAAGGGCUGUGCUAGCAGCGAAUGGGUGUUUCACCAUUGAGGAGGAGUGUUGCCUGACGAUUUUGCAUCCAACGAAGCGGACGCUGCGAAUCACAGUGAAUGUCGAUAUCGAUGGGAAGCACAACUGUGGUGCGUGUGAGUUGUCACUGCUGGACUUGCACCAGAAUGUGGUACAAGAGCGAACGCAUUUUAUUGUGAAAAAUCCAGGCUUUCUCACGGCGACUCCUGUUGGUUACAUCACAAUUUCACUUCUUAGCGACAAUUUUGGGACUUUAGUCUCACCAAUGGACAAGAGUGACGAUAGUCAGUACGUGCGCUUGCGAGACUACUACUAUUACUACCUUCGUGAACAGCUUCAUAUGGUGGACGUGAAAUACAGUGGAAUCUUUAAUGUGGAGGCGUAUAUUCAACGACUCACGGAGAGGUAUGGUAAAGAACCAGGCAGCUAUCACCUUCAAGUAGAGGUGAUUCGUUGCCGAUCCCCUGUUGUUAAGAGUGGUUCACUGUAUUGCAUUAUUCAAGUUGGUCUCUCGCAUUUCAGGACGAAUAUUGUCCAGGGGAGUGGGGAAUACGUAUUUUUAGAGCAUUUUGAUGUUCUUAUUGGUUUACCGGAGAAGGAAGAGGUUAAGUUGAUUGUGAAGGCGGUGGGGGAGAGGGGUGCGACAGGAGUUGAAGUGGGGAGAACGGCCCUCCCACUCAAUAAUAUUGUUCGGGGGAAGGAGACACACCUGAAACUCCCACUAGUGUACAAGGCGCAGGCUCGAGGUGCCUCAUUUCUUGGCUUCAUUGAAGUUUCACUUUUUACCCGCGACUUUGGCGCUCUCACGGAGCAGCAGAUAGACUUUGUGGAGAACAGCAUCUACCAACGUCUGGAACGGGAGAUUCUGCGUCGCUAUCCAAGGGAGAUGCAUCGUUUACCCUCAAUUAUCGCGGCGUCACAAGAACAGAAUGAGCAUGUGCAAAAUUCAGCAAUGAUAAUUGCGUCUCAGAGCGCUGAAGCCUCGUCUAGUUCCUAUGUUUGCGUUAGGUUGCUUGGGCUGCACGAUUUUCCUGGGGACAAGGCGUACAUUAAGGUUAAAUUAGGUAAUGGUAGGACACUUCUUCGCACAAGCACCCUUGCAGGGGAACACCUGGCACGUAUCAAUAAGGAAUUUACAAUUGAUUCUUCUGUAGAUAUUGAGAAUUCAAUUAUAACGUUGAAGUUGGCAGUUGUGAAGCUGCUAAAGUCGUGUGUGCUAUGUUCCUGUGACUUUAUGAUUGCCCAGUGUCCUAGUGGAGGGGUACUGAGGAAGUGGCUUCGCCUAUUUGACUCAAAAGGGGAACCCCUUGGUAAAUUGGGAAUACAGGUUGAAGUCCCUGCCUCUUUUGAGAGACGUUCCCCAUUGCGUAAUGAUCAAGACCUGAAUCAGGUUGAGGCCAUCGUUGAUGAUGUCUCUUCUUUGUUGCUAAAGUACAGCCCAAAGGACCUUCGAAAGUUGGAUGUUGUCCUGGAUCGCGCGGAUGACCUUCGUACCAUUCAUAGCCAGCUUAGGCAGCUUUUGGCACCCCAGGUGCGGGCAACUGUGUACUGUGAGGUGCACAGGACAAAGUUGUUGAAUCCCGUGAAAGGGCAUCUCACAGUUGAGACCGUCGUAAAUGAGGAUGUUGUGCGCGUCUUGGAGCGCAAGCUUGUGGUACGUGUGGCCUCUGAUACGACUUCCUCCACAAAUCGGGUGUUUGACUAUCCCCCCUUGCGUAUUGACAUCACAUCGUGUGGCGCAUUACUUUUUCGAAUUUAUGGCGAGGGCGGUGAUGACGGGGAAGGGGAAUUGUGCUGCGCCGCCCUCUCUCUUCGUGCGUUGCUGACCCCUGAGCUGUAUGACAUGGGCGAGGCGGUCACCGUGAUGCUUGUGAAGAUCCAGCGGCAGCGCAACAAUGUGCAGGCAUGCCUGGCCGGUACUCUGACCUUUUCCCUUAAGGCUCCUGCGUUUGAACAUUAUCCAAGGGCGGUGCUUCUUUUUGACGGUGGCACACCGAAUGUAAACAGUGCCUUUGUGCGCUAUUAUCUUGAUCGAAUCUGUUCUCUACUUACGCAUUAUGAUGCGAAUUCACUAAUGGACAUUCAUAAAGUCGUGUAUGAAGUUUAUGUUGCAAGACGCACAUGGGAGGUGGACUUGCCUAACCUCCUUUGCUCGUUGAUCGAGCGAUGGGGGCCUGAGGUGGAUUCAUUCCCAUCCCCACCAUUCUUGACAAUGUAG